AUGCCAGCCUCAACACUGUCGAGCGAGGCGAAAAUCACGAUGCACUCUGCCAAGGAGGUAUAUGAACACUUGAGCGAUCUAUCCACAAACCUGCAUUUACCUGAAACCGAACAUACAUGGCAGAAAAUAGAACAAUCCCUCUUGCACAUCCAAGCGAUCACCCGUGGAGGAGCAACAAAGUGGCCAGACUUUAUUCCACUGCUAAAAGAAAAUGCUUCGCCCAUCAACGAUGCUCUUCUGUCUGAACGAACAAAGCUAUCCGGCACAGCAGGGGACUUGUUAAAUUCAAUAGCUCCAAGGCUAGGCGAUAAAUUCGAGCCAUUGGUGGCAGUGUUCGUGCCCACACUCUUGUUGAUCUGUGCAAGGACCAAUAAGGUUGCGGUGAAAAGGGCCGAGAAGAGUUUGCAUUUGGUUGUGAAACAUUGUAGACCGACCAGUGUUAUUGCGUAUCUGAAGGAGGCCAUAAAGGAUAAGGGCCAAGGCUUGAGGGCCGUUGCUGCUCGGACGCUGGUGUUGGCGCUGGAGGUUACGGAGAAGGAGAAGCUGGGCAGGAGGGUAGGAGAUGUGGAAGCUUGUGUAAAGAGUGCCGCCACGGAUAGCAAUCCAGAGGUAAGAAAGUUGGCAAAAAGGUUGUUCGAGCUGUAUCUUGACAUCUGGCCAGAGAGAGUAGAGGCCUUUACCAAACCGAUGACACCGACGAUCAGGAGGUAUUUGGCGCUGCCAAAGACAGGAGGCCUGCUUGUGGAUAUCCCACCACCAUCCACACAGCCGUCUCUCUCAGCACAGCCUUACAGCUUCUUUCCCGACGUGCACAAGUCAACUUGCUCUUCCAUAUCUUGUUCCCGCGCAGGUCCAGGAUUCAGCAUGAACGAUGCCACUUAUGUCAAACGAGGUCUCUUGGCUGACCAAAUCUCAGCAGCUCAAAGUGCUCGAUUGGCUCGCAUGCCAUCGUUCAACUUUGACGACAUGGCCAAAUCUUCAUCCGACAAUGCAGCUCCAGCUGCAAUGAAGAGGCAACCCAGCUUCGAGCAUUUGCGUGGUCAUGGUCAGACAUCAUCCGGUGCGCCCACAUUCCGCGUGCACAGCUUCGACAUUGGGCUUCAGGGGGAGCAAAGCAGACCGCGUAGCACCCAUGCCCACGAAGCAGCCGUGCGCGGCGACAUCAAUGCACAUACGCCGUCGUUGGCUUCAGCAUCUGGAAGGAAUGGAAAGACUGCCCUGCUGGCUGCUUACAAGCAGGCAUUUGUCCGUGAUGCCGGCGGAACAAAGCACAGUAGCUCUUCAUUGGGCGAGCGUCGACACCGCGAUCGAUCCGACAAAUCUUUCCAACACGGCGGCGACAAGAGGCGAGAAAAGACGGUUGCUGUCCGAUUCCACUCUGAAACGGAGGUCAAGGAUAUCUCAGAUAAGGACAAGGCAAGCGACCCUCUUCAUCGAUCAAAGUCGGUCCCUCACAUUGCCAUCCAAAGCAACACAGCGACAGACAGUCUUGUCGCUCAAGGGGCAAGCUUCAAGCCCAGCCACAGCGACCUAGCAGAAUCCAAGAGAAGAGUGGAGGAGUGGCAAGAUGACCAAGAUGACAGGCCAGCAACUCCGUCCGAGCCGAUCUGGCAUGCACAAACCCCAAGAACGGCCGUCAAAGCGAGCCGAGUACCUGCGCAGAGGGUGGUCAUGCAGUCGGCAGUCAAGGUGCCAGCUGCGCGCCUAGCUGCACCAACACCAUCUGCUAAGGUUGCUGCCAGCCGUGUGACAAACGAUUCGGCGUCGCUCGAGUCCAGUCCUGAACCCAAGGCCAGAGUUGCUCCUCGUACGCCAAAAGCUCAGCCCGCCAAGGUGGACGUGGCCAUACUCACUCCAUCUGAGGAGGCUAAGGAGCAUGUCAAGCAAGACGAGAAAGCAGUGAAAGAGGCAACAGAGGCGGAAGCAGCCAAGGCAAAGGAGAACAAUGACGCUAAGGCAACUGCUUCUAAGAAGCCCACUACCUCGACGUUGACUGCGCAGACCUCAAAGCAGCCGGUCAAGCCCACCACAGCUAAAGUAGCACCGGUCAAAGCGGCUCCAUCAGCAGCAAUUGCUGCCAAGGUGCGACUUGAAGCCAAGGCGGCUACCAAGGCGAUUGCCAAGCCUGCUGGCACUGUUUCUAAGCCAACCAUCACUCGAAAGCCUCUCACAGCUUCGACCGCAGCAUCUCGCGCAGCGCAAAAGCCAGCCGUCUCGUCAACAUCCAGCAACAGAACUGUCAAACCUGCAGGAAUAGUCAAGCCAGCAACCUGCGCCGCCAACUCAGCUACUGUAGCUCAAGCCAAGCUCGCUGCAUCCGUGAAAUCAGCAACCUCGUCGUCCGCACUAUCGACGACCGCAGUCACGAAGAAGCCAGAGACAAGCCUGAAAUCACUUACAUCUCGACUCACUGCCCCGACCGCCUCGACACGCAACAAGAUCGUACCUGCAGCUACAAUCAACAAGUUCCAGCCAAAGCCGUCGAGCUUGCUAUCGAGUUGGUUGGCGUCGAAGCCUAAGCCAAAGAGCUCGAUCGCCGCUUCGCUAAACGCCAAGAGCAAGCUUCUUGGUGCACAGUCUGGGGCUUCGCAUAAGGCCAAGGCAGUACGUAGGGCGAGUAUCAGAAUGACAGCUCGCAUCGAGAAGCAUCGAAGAGUUUCAGCGACAGGUGCUCCCCCUGUUCACACCACUGCCGUUGAUAUGCCUGCCACGAAUGCUGAGGAGACCGGUGUUGAUGGUACAGUAGAGCCCGUAGUGGAGGCGCAAGCAUUGCCAGAUGUUGCUGUCGAGGUGUUGCCGAUGCAAGAUUCCGAGAUAGCAGAGGACAAGUGCGAGGAGAAAGCACCGAAAGAGGAGGAAGCUGCUGCACUGUACCAGGAGACAAUCUCGGAAGAGGUUGACGCUACAGGGCCUAGUCGCACGGAGGAGCCCACAAUUGCUCAGUGCGACACAUCUAUGAAGAAUGAUGAAGCUCAAGUCUCUGAAGCGCAAGAGGAGUCCGCGGACAAGGUAACUUCAUCCAACGACAAGGUGCAAGAGGAGCAAGAGACUGAAGCUACUCCAGUCAAAGCGCCGUUGACCAGGGAGGCGACUCCGGCCAGAAUUCGCACGCCCUUGAGCGCCAAGGAUGUCAACCUGCCCAAGGCUACAUCAAUCGGCAGUAUGACGGCUGAGAAAGUGUCAUCACCUCUUCUCUCUGACCAAGGGUCACGCUCACCUUUCGUCUCGUCUCCGCUGCGUCGCUCGGCUACCACCAACUCUACACUGCUUGCCCAAUUCGAAACGCAAUCUUCCUUCGAACAGAGCGAGUCAGAGUCAGACAUGCACUUCGAGUCAGACAAAGUAGUACAGCUCAACUUUGCUCCUCGUCCGACCGUCUCGAGGUCACCAAUGACCAAGACGCAUCAGGUGAUCACUGCUGCAAAGAAGCAGCUCCUUCUAGGCUUGGACUCUUCCAGUGACGCCUCGCUGGUAGAGGCUAAUGCUAGCGACGAGACUCUGCUCCUGCAGUCGGCCACCAAAUAG